AUGCAUCUCCCAGCCGGGAAGGCAGCCCUCUGCGCACUUGCAUUGCUCAACUCAGCCAAUGCUCUCAAGGUCACAAUCCUAGCAGACACAAACCGUGACGGAAAGGUCGACAAGAAUGACGUUUCCGGCAAAUCCAAAUGGACAAGCGAGAAGGGAGCCCUGAUCUUGCCCAACAUUGGUGACUCUGGUCGCCGUUGUGCUAAAAUAUGGGGGCCAAGUUCUGAGAUUGAUGGCGGCGAGUCUUAUCUCGACGAGUGCAACGACGCUUCGGAUAAUGUUCAGCGAAACCCAAAGUUGCUUGCCUCUAUCAAGACAUUACCUGUGAAAUCUUUGAGCGCUUCAGCUAAAGGUUCAAUCUCUGUUGCCGACGAAACUGCUGCUUCGAAAGUGCGCAUCUUUGUCAAGCAAGACGGGAAGUGGAACUACGUCAGCUCGAGUCACGUAUUCACAGCUGAAGAGCUCAAGUCCGGUCUCAAUCUAGGCGUUGACGCUCGCGAUGUCCGUCGUCCUAAUGGCUGGGAUGGACGCGCCAAGAUCCAGUUCACUGUCACGGAUGGCAGGACCAAGGCAACUGAUGCUGUUGCCAUCAGAGUUGCCCCCGUACUGACUCAUCACCAUGCACAAAAUGCCAAGCGUAUUUUCACAACCGGUGUCAAUGAACCGGGUUUCGACCCUUCUCAGGAAGAAUUUGUUGCCGAUAUUAUCCGAAAUGUAGCUGAUGCUGGCAUUAAGGAGCCUGUCUUCCAGUUCUAUAACCAGGAUAGAUGGACGCAGGACUUCUUUGAGCCUGGCUACGCUAGUAUUCCCGGUCCCAAAGGCCCUGUCAGCAUUCGAAUCAUGAUUCGAUCAGUUCAACGUGACCGUCGGGCUGGUCGUGACAUCUUCCACCACCUCCGUAAUGAAAACGUUGGUGCUGUCCAGCAUCCUGGUGCCGGCGAGAGCAUUGACUCAUGUGGCAACCUGGAAACCAUCCCUCCUUACUCCCACAACGGGAAGAGCUUCCCUGUGGGAAGAGCAACCAUGGGUGCUUUGAAUGGAAGAAAUCCCCUCAUGAUUGAGUUCCUCCAGGCUCAACAAGUUCAGGACCCAUUGAUCCUCGACACUAGCUGGCUUUAUGUGGGCCACGUGGAUGAGUUCAUUCAGUUCCUACCAACUGAUAGCAAGCGCGGUUGGAUGAUUAUGGUUGCUGACACCCAAAAGGGUGUGAACCUGCUCAAGAAAGCCGCCAAGGAUGGCCAUGGCAGGGUCAAGGCUGUUUCGCGACCUUUGUCUGCUUCUGACAAAAAGCAGAGUCUGUGCAUGCCCCGGCAGACCAUCGCCGAGGCCCUGAAGUUCAGGAACUUUGAGAGUGUCAACCAAGAUGUAGCCAAGCGUAUCGAAGCCAAUCUCGACACUCUCAAGCGCGAGACUGGAGUUACUGAUGAAGAAAUUCAUCGUGUUCCGUCGAUAUUCUACUACGCUGAGUCGGACGGCUGGUCAUGCUCUGCCCAGGCUCAAAAGGCGGCAAGCAACACAGGUAUCGACAUGAAACCUGGUAAACAAGGAGGACCUGUCCCCAAGGCCAAGUCCAUUGUCGAAGCAGCUACCCCCAACAGUUCUGUUCAUCGCCGCCAGUUUGAUAACUCAAACCAAGUCGUGGCUCUAUACCCCGCCUCCGUCAACAACCUGGUUUUGACUGAUCAUCAUGUUCUUGCACCUAGCCCGUGGGGUCCAGUGAUUAAUGACAAGGACAUUCUUGCUACAGCUGUGUCUGAGGUCUAUGCUAGCGUUGGGUUCAAUGUUACAUAUCAAGAUGAUUGGUUUUCUCAUUAUGAGCUGCAAGGAGAUGUUCACUGCGGAAGUAACUCGUGGAGAGAAAUCCCUGCGAAGUGGUGGUAA